AUGAGCGGCGUCCUAGACCAGAACGAGGAGGUUAUCGAUGUCGCCUACCGACUCUCCUCUCUCUCGUAUUUCCUAGAAGCUGUCCGCUCACUUUCUCGCCUCCUGCAAUCCGCACCGCCGAAUUUGCCGGCGCGCCAGAAGAAGGUCAUCACUCUCGUCGAGGUAGCCCGCCGGACGCUUUUGAGGGCCGGCGUGGUAUUACAUACGUUCGCAGCCUGCCCUCCACACUUAGAGGGCCAUAAACGAGCCUACCUCGAGCUUCUUACGCACCUGAAUGCCAUCAAACCUACCGUGACUCCAGACGCUCUACGAGGCAAGUUUCUCCAGGCGAUAUCAUCCUGGCUCACGUUGAUAUCUCAUCUGACGCGCUAA